GCAGAGCGGAAGGAGCGAAGCGUUUCCUGAUUCAGGUCGGUCCACGCUGUCCAGGGGGGGGGCAGAGAAACCGAAGCGCCUCUGAAACACUACCUGUCCGUGUGGCAUGUGACAGUUAGCGAGGGUCUUAGCGAAGGAAUAGGAAAGCUGGUCGCCAAGAAAGGGCUCGACCGCUAGAGAGGUUCACGAGCUCUCCGUCGGUCGGUCGGUUCCCGGUCUCCCGCAGACAGAGAUGGAGCGGCUGUGCGGACCAGAGCUCCCUUUCUGGGUAGCCAAUCAGACGUUCCACACAGAUCAGCCCGACCUCCCAGUGUGUUUUCAGCUCACUGUCCUGUCAUGGCUGCCAUGCAUCUACCUUUGGGCAGUCUGCCCCAUCUACCUCUUCUAUCUCAAGAGGAACAACAAAGGCUACAUCAUGAUGUCCAUUCUAAACAGAUUCAAAACGGUGUUUGGUUUGCUUUUAUGGAUUGUGUGUUGGACGGAUCUUUUCUACACAUUCCACGAGCUGCGACAGGGGAACACCCAGCCGCCCAUCUUCUUUGUCACCCCGUUGGUUCUCGGCAUGACCAUGCUGUUGGCCACGUUUCUGAUCCAGUUUGAGAGGUUACGCGGGGUUCAGUCCUCGGGGGUCCUCUUCAUCUUCUGGUUCCUGUCUUUGCUGUGUGCCAUCGUGCCUUUCCGCUCCAAGAUCCUACAGGCCUCCAGUCAGAGCGAAGUGAACGACAAGCUGCGCUUCACCACAUUUUACUUCUACUUUGGCCUGGUGGUCUGUGAGCUGAUCCUCUGCUGCUUCAAUGAGAAACCUCCUCUCUUCUCCAAUGUUGUCACAGACCCUAAUCCCUGCCCUGAAACCACAGCAGGCUUUCUUUCCACCAUGACGUUCUGGUGGUUCACAAGAAUGGCCAUUAAAGGAUACAAAAUGCCACUGGAGACCAAAGACCUCUGGUCUCUGAACCAGCGUGACAGUUCCAAGGUGAUGGUGCCCAAACUCCUCAAAGAGUGGGAUAAGGAGCAGGCCAAAGCCAAGAGUGAACAGAAUCUAUCCAGCCAGGCUGUGUUCUCCAAGCCCCCGCCGUCCACCACCAACCACAUUGGAGGAGCAGCAGGAGGAGGUGGAGGUGAAACCAGCCCGGAGGAAGUAGAGGUGCUGCUGUCCAAACAGAAAGCUGCCCCCCAUCAGCCGUCUUUCCUACGCGCCCUCAUCAAAGCCUUUGGCCCCUACUUUCUGAUUGGCUCGUGCUUCAAGCUCAUGCAGGACGUCAUCACCUUCGUCAACCCUCAACUGCUCAGGAUGCUGAUCUCAUUCACAAAAGAGAAGAAUGCUCCUGAUUGGUGGGGCUACUCACUGGCCUUCCUCAUGUUCUUCACAGCGCUCUUGCAGACUCUCAUCCUCCACCAUCACUUUCAGUACUGUUUUGUUACCGGCAUGCAUGUACGCACAGCUGUCAUCGGAGCCAUUUACAGGAAGGCGUUGGUGAUAACGAACGCUGCCAAGCGUUCAACUACUGUGGGAGAGGUGGUCAACCUGAUGUCAGUGGAUGCACAGAGGUUCAUGGACCUCACUACCUUCCUCAACAUGUUGUGGUCUGCUCCUCUUCAGAUUAUGCUGGCUCUGUAUUUCCUCUGGCAGAACCUGGGUCCGUCGGUGCUGGCUGGGGUGGCUGUCAUGGUCAUGCUGAUCCCUUUUAAUGCUGUCAUUGCCAUGAAGACAAGAGCCUACCAGGUAGAGCAGAUGCAGUAUAAGGACGCUCGUAUCAAGCUUAUGAACGAGAUCCUGAACGGCAUCAAAGUCCUGAAGCUGUAUGCCUGGGAGAACUCCUUCAAAGACAAGGUCCUUGCCAUUCGGCAGAAGGAGCUCAAUGUGCUGCGGAAGACGGCGUACCUCGGAGCGCUGUCCACCCUGGCCUGGACCAGUGCCCCUUUCUUGGUUGCCUUGACAACAUUUGCUGUGUAUGUGACCGUGGAUGAGAACAACAUACUGGAUGCGGAAAAGGCCUUUGUGUCGCUCUCUCUCUUCAACAUCCUCAGGUUUCCUCUCAACAUGCUUCCCCAAGUCAUCAGCAGCAUCGUGCAAGCCAGCGUCUCACUGAAGCGAAUCCAAAGUUUCCUGAGUCACGAUGAGCUGGACCCAAAUUCAGUCGACAGAAACAACACAGCCACAGACUAUGCAGUGACCGUCGUCAAUGGGAAGUUCUCCUGGGCCAAAGAAGAUCCUCCUGUUCUGCACAACAUUAACGUAAUGGUGCCCCAGGGCUCCCUGCUGGCAGUGGUGGGCCACGUUGGCUGUGGGAAAUCCUCCCUAAUCUCCGCGUUGCUUGGGGAAGUGGAGAAACUGGAGGGAGAGGUUUCUAUACGGGGAUCAGUGGCAUACGUACCCCAGCAGGCCUGGAUACAGAAUGCCACCCUGCGGGACAACAUCCUGUUUGGGAAACCCUACAAUGAGCAGAAGUACCGCUGCGUUCUGGAAGCCUGUGCCUUAACUCCUGACCUGGAAGUGCUGCCUGGAGGAGAUAUGACUGAAAUUGGCGAGAAGGGCAUCAACCUCUCCGGAGGGCAGAGACAGAGGGUGAGUCUGGCCCGAGCUCUGUACAGCGACACAGACAUCUAUCUCCUGGACGACCCGCUGUCCGCUGUGGACGCCCACGUGGCUAAACACAUCUUUGACAACCUCAUCGGUCCAGAGGGGGCGCUGAAGGGCAAGACACGUAUUCUGGUGACACACGGCAUCAGCUUCCUGCCACAGGUGGAUAACAUCGUGGUGAUGGUGGAGGGCAGGGUGUCAGAGAUGGGCUCCUACCAGGAUCUGCUCAAGCAGAACGGAACUUUUGCAGAGUUCCUUAGGAACUACGCUCUGGAGGACAUCGUAGAGGAGGACGAGGCCACUGAGGAGAUGAUGGAAGAUGAAGACGAACUGUUCCCUGACGAUGCCCUUAGCAACCACACAGACAUGGUGGACAAUGAGCCUGUGGUCAAUGAAGCCAAGAGAAAUUUCAUGAGGCAGAUCAGCAUCAUCUCAGCAGACGGAGACAACACCAGAUCCCGCUCAGUGAGGAGACACGGCUGCAGCCAGAGGAAACACUCAGAGCAGCCGGAGAAGAAAAAACCAAACGAGAUGCAGAAACUCAUCCAGGCAGAGACAGCGGAGAAGGGCAGGGUGAAAGGAAAGGUGUACCUGGAGUACGCCAAGGCGGUGGGACUCCCGCUGUCAGUGUUCAUCUGUUUCCUGUACGGCUGUCAGAGCGCGGCGGCCAUCGGAGCCAACAUCUGGCUCAGCCAGUGGACCAAUGACGCCUCAACAAAUCAGACUAAGAAGAAUGUUAAUAUGAGGGUGGGGGUGUACGCAGCGCUGGGCAUUGCACAAGGUGUGCUGUUGUUGAUUAACUGCCUGUUGUGCCGGGCCUACAGUAUGCUGCGGGCAGCCAAGUUCACACACCGCAACAUGCUCCAGGGGGUCCUGCGAGCUCCGCAGGCCUUCUUCGAGAGCACCCCCACUGGGCGGUUACUAAACCGCUUCAGCAAAGACAUCGAUGCUAUAGACUCCCACAUCCCAGAAAAUAUUGACAUAUGGAUGCGCACUUUCUGGUACACACUGAAUGUGCUGCUCAUAUGCUCUGCCCUCACCCCAAUGUUCCUCAUAGUCAUAGCCCCGUUAAUGGUGUUCUAUUGGUGGGUUCAGAGAUUUUACGUUGCCACGUCUCGCCAGCUAAAGCGCCUGGAGUCAGUCAGCCGCUCUCCUAUUUACUCCCAUUUCUCUGAGACCAUCACUGGCUCUAGUGUAAUCCGAGCCUAUGGCAGACACUCUGCCUUUGUUCUGAUGAGUGAUAUGAAAGUGGAUGAGAACCAAAAGAGUUACUACCCUGGUAUAGUGUCCAACAGGUGGCUCGGAGUGCGCAUUGAGUUCAUUGGGAACUGCAUUGUGUUGUUUGCUGCUAUGUUUGCUGUGACUGGAAAGGAUAAUCUGAACCCAGGACUCGUGGGUCUGUCUGUGUCCUACGCGCUACAGGUGACCAUGUCUCUGAAUUGGAUGGUGCGAAUGACUUCAGAUCUGGAGAGCAACAUAGUAGCAGUGGAGAGAGUGAAGGAGUACUCUGAGACCAAGACCGAGGCCCCCUGGGAGGUGGAGGACAAGAAGCCCCCACCGGAGUGGCCCAUGGAGGGGAACGUGAAGUUCCACGACUACAGCGUUCGGUACCGAGAGGGACUGGACCUCGUUCUCAAGAACCUCACGCUGAACGUCAAAGGGGGAGAGAAGAUCGGCAUCGUGGGUCGAACAGGAGCCGGCAAGUCCUCCAUGACGCUCUGCCUCUUCAGGCUGCUGGAAGCUGCAGCAGGAGAGAUCACCAUCGACGAGGUGAAGAUUUCUGAGAUAGGCCUGCACGACCUGAGGUCCAAACUUACCAUCAUUCCACAGGAACCUGUGCUGUUUGCAGGCACACUGAAGAUGAACCUGGACCCCUUCGAAAAGUACAGUGAUGAAGAGGUGUGGAGGGCUCUGGAACAUUCUCACCUCCACAAGUUUGUCAGUAACCAGCCGGCAAAACUGGAGCUGGAGUGCUCAGAGGGAGGAGAGAACCUCAGUGUGGGUCAGAGGCAGCUGGUGUGUUUGGCUCGAGCUCUCCUGAGGAAGACGAGGAUCCUCAUCCUGGACGAAGCUACAGCUGCUAUCGACCUGGAGACGGAUGAUCUCAUCCAGUCCACCAUUCGGACUCAGUUUGAAGACUGCACAGUCUUUACCAUCGCUCACAGACUCAACACCAUCAUGGAUUACACAAGAGUGCUGGUGUUGGACAAGGGACAGAUAGCAGAGUUUGACACGCCUACAAACCUCCUAUCACAGAGAGGAAUCUUCUACGGCAUGGCUAAAGAUGCAGGACUGACACAGUAGUACGGCCCUUUGUCCCCAUGUUACAGACCAGAGCUCAGUUCAGUCUGACUCAGCAUUUCAAACCUGGCAGUGAAACUGAAGAGUACCUUUAACGUGCACUUGGUAUUGUUUUCAGGGAACUUACUGCUGGUUUUGAAUUAAGCCUGAACUCCUUCACAGACUUAGAUCAUUUAGCAGCUGCUGUGUUUGUCUAAACCCCAUCAGGACAUUAACAUACUUAAGUUUCUGGCACUGACUGUAUUGUCCUCGUGGCAAACACCGUCCCUAUGGCAUCUAAAUAGGAGAAACAAGCCAUAUGUGCAGAUGCUAGCUGAUCCAAGUCUGUUCUAUAGUGCCUUCUGCCAGUGGGAUGAAGAAAGUCAGUGAAUGUAUCAUUUUGUAAUCGGCUGUCUGUUGCAAAAAAAAAAAAAAAAAAGGAGGAACUUUUUUAUUUUAUUUUUUCUACAAAGAAAAAAAUACUGUGCCACUGUACUUUCCUCAUAAGAAAUAAUAUACACUUUGUGAUAAACCCACUUAUUUUUGUACUGUACCAUUAUUUAAGCUACUUUUUAAAGAAUUGUUUAAUCUAGGGAAGUUUGCUCAGUUAAAUAUGUGAUUCUUUUGUGAACCAAAUCUAUAAAAACUUGAAUUCUGUACUACCAAAAUAUGGACUAUGAUAAUGCCUUUUAAUAAAAGGAAGAACAAUG